ACGUCAUGGUUGGAGACGGUGAUGAUCGAUAUGCGUGCCGUGAACCAUUGUGUGGAUUGCGGUAUUUGAGGACGCUGGAGAACGGGGUCGCGGGUGGGUUUGAUUUCCUCUUUUUCGUUCUUUUGCUUCUGGUCUUUUGUGUGAUUGCUCCUGCUGUCGUGUGGGUUGAUGAGAAUUGGUGGUCCUGCCCGACGAGGACCAACAGACAGCAAUCAUGGCGCGGCUACCGACUUUUCCUAAGAUUUACAACACCUACUUUUUGGCUUGUAUUUCUACUAUUGGUGGCAUGCUGUUUGGUUUCGACAUCUCCUCAAUCUCUGCUAUCAUCGUUACCAAACAGUACAUCGACUACUUCGAUAAUCCGUCGGGUAUUUGGCAAGGGGGUAUUGGAGCUGCUUUGGCGGGAGGAUCGAUUGUUGGUGCUUUAUGCGCUGGAUGGAUCUCUGAUCGAAUCGGACGACGAGAUUCGAUUGCUUUUGCCUGUUUAUGGUGGCUAGCCGGCACAGCAGUCCAAGUCUCAACGCACAGCCGCGUCCAACUGAUCGUCGGCCGCUGCCUCAACGGCGUCUGCGUCGGCAUCACCUCCUCCCAAGUCCCCGUCUACCUCGCCGAGAUUGCAAAAAAGGACAAGAGAGGGAGCAUCAUCGUCAUCCAACAGCUGGCCAUCGAGUUCGGCAUUCUGAUCAUGUACUUCAUCGGCUACGGCUGCAAGUUCAUCCCGGGCCCGACGGCCUCCUUCCGUACUGCCUGGGGAAUCCAGUUCGUGCCUUGCGUUAUUCUGCUUUGCGGUCUUCCGUUUCUUCCUCGAUCCCCGCGUUGGCUGGCGAAGGUUGGCCGGACUGAGGAGGCGGUUACCAUUUUGGCUAGGAUUCAGGCCAAGGGCGACGUGGAGGACCCCCUGGUUGUUGCGGAGUGGGAGGAAAUCACUACUGUCCUUGCUGCGGAGCGCCAGGGUGUCCAGGGCUGGAGGCGCUACGUUGUCGAUGGCAUGUGGAGGAGGACUUUUGCUGGCUUCUCUGUCCAAGCGUGGCAGCAGCUGUCUGGAGCCAAUGUUAUGACGUACUAUUUGACUUAUGUCUUCGAAAUGGCCGGCCUUUCUGGAAACAUCGACCUGAUCUCUUCUGGCAUCCAAUACGCGCUCUUCAUCGUCUUCACAUCUGCGACGUACUUGUUCAUUGACAAAACCGGAAGACGUCCACUCCUGAUCUACGGUGCUCUCGGAAUGGGAGUCUGCCAUUACGUUAUCGGAGCAUUACUGGGAGGCUACGGCACCCCACAGCCCAACGGCUUCGACGGCAACGCCAACGUCACCAUUCGCGUGACCGGCUCUCCCUCUUACGCAGUCAUCGCCUUCUGCUACCUGCUCAUCAUCGUCUACUCCCUCACCCUCGCCCCAGUCUGCUGGGUCUACGCGGCGGAAAUCUGGUCGCUCGAGACGCGAGGCACGGGCAUGGGCAUCGCCGCCACUGGCAACUGGAUGUUCAACUUCGCCAUCGGCCUGUUCAUCCCGCCGGCUUUCAAGAGCAUCAGCUGGAAGACUUUUAUUGUUUUUGGGAGUCUGUGCAUGGGCGCUGUCGUGCAGUUCUAUUUUACUUAUCCGGAGACUGGAGGCAAGUCGCUGGAGGAGGUCGAGGUGUUGUUUAGGAAGGGUGGGCCGAAGCCGUGGAAGACGAGGGUUGGGCAGUCGACGUUGGAGGAGAGGACUGCGAGCGUGGUUGCUGAGCGGAGGCAGGCGUCGAUCCCGCAGGAGGAGAAGGGGGAUGUGGUGCGGGCGGAGGGGUCUAUCAGCUCUGAGGAGAAGAAGGAAAGCGAGUGACAUAUCAACAGGAUAUCAGGGGUAUAUUGUAUUAACAAAGUGUUAAUGUCAUCAUAGGAGGUCUAGUAUCUGUAGCAUAGAGGAGCGUACUUGAUGGGC